CGUCAUUGCUUUUUUGCACGCAGUUUUCAAGCUCGGCUCAUCUUUUGUUUGAAGCGCAGACUGCUGCUUAUUCCGUUUCUUUUUUUUUUUUUUUUUUUUUUUUUUUCGCUUUUUUUUUUUUUUUUUUUUUUUUUCCUUCUUUUUCCUUCACCAACCCAAUUUCCCAAUUUCCCCCUCUCGUCGUAGUUGGAGUUCCCAUUAGCUCCAACGCUUCUUUCCAACCGCAGCCAUUUCAUCCGCAGCAGACAACCGCGAUCUCGGCCGACGCCGUACGACUUCGCUCAAUGAGCAGUCCACGUCGGCCCGCCCACACAACCCUCUCGACUCGAUGCGCAUCACGCCCAUGGGCCGGGACCAAUCCAACGCAGUCGUGACGGUUCUCGCAACCGACCCUGCUGGAAACACAACCGAGCUUGUCUACACGGACACAAGGCCAGUGGGCAAUGGCUCGUUUGGCGUCGUCUUCCAAGCUCGGCUCGUGCAGUCUGGUGUGAUGGUUGCCGUCAAGAAGGUCCUGCAGGACAAGCGGUUCAAAAACCGCGAGCUGCAGAUCAUGCGCAUGCUCUCACACUUCAAUGUUGUCCAACUGCUAUACUUUUUCUACUCGAACGGCGAGAAGCACGACGAGAUCUUUUUGAAUCUCGUUCUCGAUUUUGUGCCAGAGACUGUCUACCGAGUGUCGAGGUACUACAGCAAAUCAAAGACCAACAUCCCCAUGCUCUAUGUUAAGCUAUACACGUACCAGCUAUUCCGCUCGCUGGCCUACAUACACUCGCAAGGCAUCUGCCACCGCGACAUCAAGCCGCAAAACUUGCUGCUCGACCACCAAGCAGGCAUCCUCAAGCUGUGCGACUUUGGCAGCGCAAAAAUCCUCGUGCGCGGCGAGCCCAACGUGGCCUACAUUUGCUCGCGCUACUACCGCGCCCCCGAGCUCAUUUUCGGCGCCACCGCCUACACAACCUCGAUCGACGUCUGGUCUGCUGGCUGCGUGCUUGCCGAGCUCAUGCUCGGACACCCCAUGUUCCCUGGCGAGAGCGGUGUCGACCAGCUUGUGGAGAUUAUCAAGGUUUUGGGCACGCCAACACGCGAGCAAAUCAUGAGCAUGAACCCGAACUACACCGAGUUCAAAUUCCCGCGCAUCAAGGCACAGGCCUGGGACAAGGUCUUCAAGUGCAACCCGCCGGACUCUGCCAUCGACCUCACGUCCAAGUUGCUCGAGUACGUCCCCACUGCGCGUCUCACUCCCUUGCAAGCAUGCGCCCACCCCUUCUUUGACGAGCUCCGCGAUCCCGCAACCAAGCUUGCGAAUGGCCGCGACCUCCCGCCGCUGUUCAACUUUUCAUCAGCAGAACUCUCGUCGCAACCCGAGCUUGCAAGCGUGCUGAUUCCUCCUCACGCUCGUAAGCAGGAGUAAUUCCAAGAAGCACCUUCUCCGAAAAUGAGCCAAGGAAUCAAACGAUCUCUCCUCGCCUUCAGUUCCAUUUAGCCAUCUGUCUGUCACGAGGGAUUGAUUCUUUUGCGUUCCUUUUUUCAUUCGGUUUUUUUCCUUGUUGUCUUUGCAGUCUUUUGUCCCAUCCAUCUCCCCCAUCUCACACCUCUUCCCCAUCUCACACCUCUUCCUCUUCCUCCCAUCCAUCUCUCCCUUGUUUGUCCUUUGGUAGCUGUGUUUUUGUCUUUUUUUAACUCCAAUUUGUCGCCCUUGUUCAACUUUCUCUUGUCCCGCUAUUGUUGUGGGUGGCGUAUGCCCGUUUUUUUUUUCUCGUGUCCUGUUCCUGUGUAUGUGCGUGUCGUAAUUGCGUGUGCUUCUUGUGUUGGUUGUUUCAUUGUAACUUUGUCAAUGGUCGUAUUCCCC